AUGGUUCAAUCUACCUAUGAUACUCUGUUCAGCAAGGACAUGACCUCUACAGGACAAGUCUCAUCUGCCCCAGCUGUCACAAAGAGCAAGAUCUUUGAUUGGCAAAAUAACUCUCCACUCAAACUCGGAAAGCAAAUGAUCACAAUCACUGCCGGCGCUCAUCAACAAAAGUUCCUAGUUCAUGCCGACCUUAUUACUCUUCAACCUCGUAUCUUCCGUCGUCUUCGAAUCUCUAGAUCGGUUGAUUCAGGUAUAUCAUCAGGGUGGUUUGAUGUUUAUCAACCCGUUUCGUGCUCCGUAUUUGUCCGCCUUCUUCAAUUUGCCUAUCAUGGAAAAUUGUUUCCUGGGAUCUCCCUCGAUACAUUAUGGCACCUAUACCUCUUCGCCAACAAGAACAAAGCCCUAGAUCUUGAGGAUAUUAUCAUGAAUCGAAUUAUGGCUACGUAUCGACCCGAUAAGCAGGUCUUCCCAGAACCAAGACAUAUUGAACUUGGGUAUAAAUAUAUGAAGGAGAAUUCUGCCGGGAGAAAGUUUCUUGCUUUGUGUUAUGCUGCUAUGAUGCAUGUUAAUACAAAGCUACCCUCAACUUCUACCUAUAAUAAGGAAGCUCUAGUAGGAUUAGGGAAGAAGUGCGAUGGUCUCUUGAUCGAUGUCGCUAAUCUCACGAAUGGCAAGGGGUCUAUCAAUAUCUCAGAGUGGGAUCCCAGAUAUGCUCCUGAAUGCUUGUAUCAUCAUCAUGCAUGGGGAGUAGAAUGUCAGAAUCUCAGUUGA